CUUUUGUCCAUACACACAAUGGCUAAAUCCUUAGCUGAACAAAUCGCACAGUUGGCACAACCGGACGUAACCGACUUUGAUAUCGAAGAUGAGGGAUUGAAAGAUGUUUUUGCCAAUUCGGACUCCGAAGAUGAUUUGCAGGACGAUGAGGAGGAGCUCAUGAAGAGACAGCACUAUGUGAGCGUGGACAAGAGUGUAUUGAGAGAUCAUGCGCCGAAGUUGGACACUAAAUACAAGGGUGCCGUCAGCUCUAGAAAAGAUUUGUACUCGGAACAAGACCAGUCGGGAGAAGAGUCUGAAAUUGAGUCUGAAGCUGAGUCUGAGGCUGAGUCUGAAAUUGAGUUUGAAGCUGAAUCUGACAGUGGUGUUUCCUUGAAGACUGAUUCAGAAUAUGAAUCCGAUGGAAAGCACAACUUUAACAGCGACGAUGAGGAGACCGCCCACAAAAGGUCUAACUUGACCAAAUUGAUGCAACAAGAACGCAAACACAUCAUCUCAAGAUUAUCUUCGACCGCCAAAACUGACGCUGUCAAGGGCUACUCCAUUAACAAGCAAAGAACCCUCUACGACUCGAUCAUCGACUCUCGUAUCAAGUUGCAGAAGGCGGUGCAGACCGCGAACCAGUUGCCAUUAUCCGCAGAAUCAUUCGAGGGGUUUGCAGGAAAAAAAUCUGCAAAGACCCUUGCCAAGACUGAGGCGAAGGUGUACGACUUGCUUGACACCAUUUUACGCUUGAGAAAAAAGUUGUACAAGCAGGAUGCGAUUGUGGCGGAUAAAGAUGUCGCGCCGCUUCCGAAGAAGCGCUCCUACGCCGAUUACUUGGCGUCUAACGCUACCAUGGACACCCAGUUAGCCACCUACCGCGGUGCCGUCUUGAACAAAUGGUCCCACAAGGUGCAACAGUCAUCCGGUUCCACCGCUAUUAACGCCUCCAAGUUCAAGGUCGUCAAUCAGUCCCUCACCAUCCAAGUGGAUAACCAGUUGCGCGACAUGGAGAAACUCGUCAAGAGAACACGUUUGAACAGAAAAAACGUCACCCCGCUCGGCUACGUCGCGGAAACCGGCGAUACCGAUGCGGUUGACGACGGCGACGCUGCUGGUGAGGACUCCAACAUCAUUCCAUCCGCUCAUCCGGCCGUAGCCCAGAUCGAUACCCAGCACAACAACUACAUCUUUGACGACGAAGACUUCUACAGGUUGUUGCUCAACGACUUGAUUGCGAACAAGUUGUCCAGUGCCAACCCAACCUCUGGAAAUUCACAGCUCAUCACCUUGACCAAGUCCAAGGUUAAGAAGAACGUCGAUACCAAGGCCUCCAAGGGCCGUAAGUUGAGAUUCCACGUGCAGGAGGCCAUCCAGGGCUUUGCCGCGCCAGUCAACGGGGGGAAGUGGAAGUGGAAUGAUUGGCAGAUUGACGAGUUCUUUGCUGGUUUAUUGGGACAGAGAGUCGAUAUGGGUGAGGGUGAUAGAAGGGUCGAAGGUGGGGAUGAGAGUGAGGAGGGGUUGAUGAAUGACGACAUUACCAUUUUCGGUUGA